CAGUCGUGUCCUCUCCGAUGAUAUCGACUGCACUCGCUACACUUAUCUAACAUACUAUGCCUGCUGUCGGCGACCAACAUCGAGGCGGACCAGCAUGCAUCACGAUGCCCAACGCGACCGGAACAAUGUCAGGAAACCCAUUUGAAGAGCCCCAGCGCCGCAUGAACGAGUACACCGCUCGAGAAAUCGCCACCCUCCAAUCUCGCCUAGACAAGAAGCUUGGGCCCGAAUACAUCUCCUCCAGAUCGGGUCCCGGGGGCCAGAAAGUGCAUUACCUCUCGGCGGAUAAAUGUAUCAAUCUUGCGAAUGAGGUGUUUGGGUUUAAUGGGUGGUCGAGCUCGAUUCAGAAUAUUCAGAUCGAUUUUGUCGAGGAGAGUCCGAAUACGGGGAAGAUUAGCCUGGGUCUAUCUGUGAUCAUCAGGGUCACUUUAAAGGAUGGAACUUUCCACGAAGACAUCGGAUACGGUCACAUCGAGAACUGCAAAGGGAAAGCUGCGGCUUUCGAGAAAGCCAAAAAAGAGGGCACGACUGAUGGCCUCAAGCGUGCACUAAGGAACUUUGGCAACGUGCUUGGUAAUUGCAUUUACGACAAGGACUACAUCUCGAAAGUUACGAAAGUGAAAGCCGCGCCGGCCAGAUGGGAUGUUGAUGACCUACACCGCCACCCUGACUUUGUGGCUAGAAAAGAGCCUGUCCGGCCCAAACCAACGCCCGAGGAUGAUGAUCUUCCCCCGCGUCCGGCAAUUACUGCGAAACCCGUCAAUACGAGUAAUAGCACUUCACCCGAUGACGGUGGAGAGUUUGGGAGUGAUUUGUUCGACGAGGCAGACUUUGGGGUAGCCGAGGCUGGGAAUCCCGACGAAAUUGUAAUCGGACCAGACACACAGCAGCCACCAACUCCUUUGCACGGACCUAACGCCAAUCGAGCACCUCAUGGGAAUAACUUCCAUCCCAACGGGAGGCCGAACCCGGCUAUGGUAACGCCCUCCAAACCAGGAAGACCCAUGAAUCCAGGGCCUGCCGCCAGGCAGAUUCCCCCUCCUGCCCUCAAUGGUCGACAAAUUCCUCCCGCACCAGGGAAUACCAAUCAAUCCCGCGUUGGUCCUCAUGUCCACCUGCAAAGCGUUGAACAGGCCAGGGCAGAACCACCCGGACAGCAGACAUCCCACCCACAGUUCAACAAACCCGCCACAGCAGCCGCCGGUCCACCACCGGUAAAACGCGAGUUCGGCUCGAACAACCCCGACCUCAAAGCCCAGGACAUGCUCCCACCGGGUAGUUCUCCCUCAGCCGGAUUCUUCUCCGCCAGGACAGCCGACCUAUUGCGAGAAAACCCACACAACCCAUCCGCAACGGCCUUCGAUCCCCACGCAGAAAGCCCAUCAAUUCGCAAAACCGCCGGCGUAGAUCACACCAAGUCCCUCCCCGUCUCAAGACCCAUGCUAUCCGGCGCCUCACCUGCUCCGAACGCCACACGCGAUUUCAUCAAUCCCUCCCAAGACAUGACCCGCAAGAUCGGCGCCCCAGGCGGCAGCGGCGGCGGCAGUCCAAUGAACAGACCCCCAACAACCUCAUCCUUCCGCCCACUAACACGCCCGAACAUUGGCCCACAAACCACAGCGAAUACCCCAGCACCAGCUGUCCCAGCACCAGCACCAGCAAAUCGACCGGGCUAUGGGCCACCGCAAAACCAAAACGGGAAACGCCCUCCUCUCAAUGAUGUAACGAACGCGAUAACCUCCAAUGGCAGCGGGCCUGCCUCCACUGUUGGUGUCAAUGAUCCGAAGAGAUUUAAAGCUGUUGAGGCUAGCUUGGCGCAGCAACAGCAGCAACAGCAGCAGCAGCAGCAGCAGCAGCAGCAACAGCACCAAAGACAACAAUAGAAUGGAUACCAGCUAGCUAGUUAGCUCUUCCAUUUCCGGACAUACAUAGUCCUACUUUGUCUUGUGAAGGGCAUCUAUCUAUCUAUCUACCUUCUCGGUGGCUUCGGGCCUAUAUGCAUAGGCGUUAGGAAAUAGGACAAAUGGGGUUUAUCUUGCUGGUGUUUCAGGCGUUGAUGUUGUCGUUUUUGAUAUUGGCUUUUGUUGUUUUUCAGUUUCGAUAGUAUGCAGUAGCUUGUUCUUGUUCGUUGUUCGCUGCGCAUUCUCUCUUUUAUUUGUUAUAUCAUGCUUCCUGACCCAGACUUAUUCUAUGUCACCUUCGGCAGGUCUAUAUGGAAAGUAUCUAUAUAAU